AUGGAUCAAGACCUGCAAGACACCUCGAAACCACUGCGGCCCGCCCGCGCGCCGUGGUGGCGGUCCAAAAAGUUCAUCAUUGCCGCCGCCAUUGCAGCCGCCCUCAUCAUCAUCGGAUUGGCAGUCGGCCUUGGCGUCGGCCUGACCAGAGGCAAAGGCGGCGACGACGACGACAAUGGCCAGGAACCACCGGGCGGCGACUCUGGAGUCAACCGAACCUCCGUCUACAAGCCCAAGGCCGGCACGACGUGGCAAAUCAUCCUCAGCAAGCCCGUCAAGCUGGGCGACAACGGCGACGUGACGCCCAAGAUGGAGGCCUACGACCUCGACAUGUUCGACAACGACGCCGAGUCGUUUGUCAAGCUUCACAAUGCCGGCGUCAGCGUCAUUUGCUACUUCAGCGCGGGCACCUACGAGGACUGGCGCAGCGACAAGGACAAGUUUGACCAGGCCGACAUGGGAAAGCCGCUCGACGACUGGCCCGGCGAGAGGUGGCUCAACGUGUCGAGCCCUACGGUGCGCGACAUUAUGAAGGCGCGCAUCAAGCUGGCCGCCUCCAAGGGCUGCCUCGCCAUCGACCCGGACAAUGUCGACGGCUACCAAAACGACAACGGCCUGGGCCUCACGACGGAGCAGGCCGUCGACUUUGUCAAGUUCCUGUCCAGCGAGGCCGCCUCGUACAACAUGUCGACGGGCCUCAAAAACGCCGCCGACAUUAUCGACGACGUCUUGGACGUGGUGGCCUUUUCCGUCAACGAGCAGUGCGUCGAGAACAGCGAGUGCGAGUCGUACGCGCCCUUCAUCAAGGCGGGCAAGCCCGUCUUCAACAUUGAGUACCCGAGCGACGCCGGCGCGGCCAGGGGCGUCAGCUCCGCCGUGUCGACGGACAUUUGCUCGCGCAGGGGCAAGUCCCAAGGCGCCGAGAACUUUAGCACCGUCAUCAAGAAGAUGAACCUGGACGGCUGGGUAGAGUACUGCGACCAAAAGGUGUUUACGACCGACAUCUUUAGCUGA